AUCUUGCGCUUCCUUCGAGCGGCUCAGAAGGCGAGGCAAGGUUGAGCAUUUUGGCUUUGAGCGGGAUGGGGUUGCUUAUUUGCCUCGCUGGUGACAAAAAGAAUGGCCUUCUUGUAGUCGAUCUUUUCCUUCCCUGCUUUCUCACCUAAUAAUAGCCCAUCGGAAAGUCUAGCUGCGCCGUAAAAACAAGCCGCCCAAAAUGUUCUUCUCCAAGUUCCUCCUCUUUGCCGCCAGCGUGGCUGCCCUGCCCUCGGCCAUGCCUAGUCUCGAAGCUAGGCAGUUCGCCGACACUAUCGUCAAGAACGGAACCUUUGGCGAGCCUUUUGGGCUGGGGAGGGACGUGCCGAUCAACCUGCUCUACCCGGCUGGUCAAAACGGCGCCAUCAUGGUCGAAUACCAACACAGCAAGGCCCGCGAGCUCCUGACGGUUGUGAGCCGCAUACCCGUUGAGCCUUUUGAUGGAUUCUUUCCCCUGGAGCCCGUCGCGUACCGCAUGACUGUCUCCUUCAGGAAUGGCGGAGGCGGCAAUUUUGAUCUUUUGAAGCUCGACUACAUCCUCAACCAAGAUAAGGUCGGAAAGCUCAACAUCCGCAACGCCGUGUUCGCCAAGCGCAACACUAAUGGCGGAAUCAGCAUCGCCACGGAUGGGCCGAUCGCCUUUACCAGCAACUCGCAGCAGACGAUGGUUUCCAUGAACCUGGGCGGCAAGGGCGCGCUCGAUGGCGAGUGGGCCUUUUUCGUCCCCCUGGCUGACGCCAUCGCCGGGGGCCUUACCACGGCCUAGAGAGGCAGGUCCAGCCGGGAGCUGAAUACCGCAGAUUUUACGCCACAAGGAUGUGGGAGGAUGCAGUUAUUGACCUGAGGAUUCUCGUGCGGAUCAAGGCCAAAAUAGAGCAUCCUGCAACAGGACCGUAUGGUUGAUUCGUAGAAUUCCCAGCGCAACGACUAACUAGUUCGAUGCUGACGCCCGUGGGCUGAGAACGGGAAAACCAGUAGUAAUACUAUUUUCUUGGGCAUCGCAUUCGUUGCAUGGAUUUACAACGAGUGCAUCUGACGCGGGACGAGGAUAUUCGCUGUUUGUGGAUGUAAAGAAGUUCC